UGGAGCAGCUCUCCGGCUCCAUCACAUGGGGCUACUCCACAUUUUAUGUAAUAUUCGGGCCUUUUUUGUUGUUGUUUCAUGUUUGUGCGCGCGCCUGUGUUCAGAAGGUAACCAAAAGGGUCGUGGGUAGGGUGGGGGAAGCAAUCUGGCGAGUGAGCAGGAAAAGAAAAGUGACCGAUUGUGCUUUUUCUGUUUGCAAAUCCUGCCGCCACGCUUCUCCCCUCCUGCGAACUCGCCCCAAGUUGACGCACGCGGAGAGGCGGCCGGUGCGCCCUGCAGGAAUCCAGAGGCGAGGGAGGAAAUCGGAUGUCCUUCGCUUCUCUCCCAGCCUCUUGGAAAGGGGAGCGGAUGGGCAGCGCGUCGGCGAAGUGGCACGAUCGCAGCAGGACCCGUCAGAAGAGUUUGAGGAGAAGGGGGCGGGUGGAGCUCGCACUUACACAAGCAACCUCCACUCCGCCCCGGCCGGCACCUCUCCAAAAAGUAACCUGCUCGCUUAGUUUCCGCGCAGACGCGGCAAAGGAGCGGCGGGCGGCGCGCUGCGAGCGAGCUUGACUUUUCCCCGGUCGUGGUGGGGACAAAGGGUCAUCCUCCCCUGCGCCGCCGCCUCCCCCUGUUGUUUUUGUUUUGGUGUCUGUCUGGAUGCAUUCGAAAGCUUCUAUGUCUCGGGCGACGAGGCUGAGCAGGCACCUCUUGGGUGAAAAGGGAUGAAAUAGGGGCAAUAAAAAAGGGUGGGACGACGACCCGCAAUAAACAAAGGAAAGUGAAAGCGGAAAGCUGCUCGCAUUGCACCAGCUGCUGCUUCUCGAUCCGUUGCAAAGUUCUCCGGAGCUCGCUCUGCGUGGGGAACCUCCGGGGAAGAGCGCUGCGCCUUUAAGAGCCAGCGAACCACUCGGCUCGUGGUCUUGCCCCCCCCCACCCCCCAAAGCAGGAAGGUGAACCUCCCGGCCUUUUUGGGAAAGUGUCCCCGGUCGCUGCAGGAGGCUACUUCGCCACGCCAAGUUGCUCCCACGGGAGACUCGGUUUUGCAGGGAAAUCCUCUUCCCACCCCCGCCCCCAAUUCCAUCCCCGCACCUUUUCGAUGCCGCUCUUCUUCAGAGGCGAUCGCCCUUCGCCCGUUGCCCUGGGAGGCACCCUUUAGCCAGCCCCGCUGCCUGCCUGCCCUCUCUCUCCGUGGCAGGAGCCAUGGAGAUUUUCCUGUGCGCCGCUUGCCACCGGGCUCUAUGGGACCCAGUGACCGUGUCGUGCGGCCAUACCUUCUGCAGAAGAUGCCUCGGAGGAGACUUGCCCUCCAAGUGCCGGCUCUGUGGGGGGAAGUCCGUCCUGCUGGGAUCGCGGACGGUGGCCUGCAACGUCCUGCUGUGUGACUUGUUGGAGAAAUGCUUGGACAAAGGCACUCAAGUGGCCAGGCUGAAGACCGACUUGCAGGAGCUGCUGAGAAGCAGAGACUACCGGGCAGCGCUGAGGAGCGUGCAGAAAGGGCUCGCGCUGGGUAAGCGUUGCAUGCCCCAGAGAUGCCUUAUUGGGGACUGGGGACACUGACGGGUCUGGUGGGGGUAGAGGGGCAAGGCAGGUUAAUAGGGGGGCUUUGACGGAUUUCUUUCGGGAGUCUUGAAUUUGAAGACACACACCCCGCCGUCGCCGGUUAUGCAACUUGUCACCGUAUCGCAUUGUGUAAGCAGCGAGGGACAAUCCUCGAUAACAGUUUGUCGCCGAGUUCCUCGUUUCCUGCUCCUUACAGGCAAGAGACUUUGCGGACACGGAGCCGCCUUCCGCGUAUGCCACAUAUGCAUGUCGCAUUCUGCCAAAACGGCUCUUUGCAUUAAUUUUUUUUUUAAAAAAAUAUUAUUAAAAGUAAACUUUUGGGAAGUUUGCUUCUCUUGCAACUUUUUAUGCUGCGCGUGUGUCAAGGAGAAGAAGGCGUCCAGUGGCGAUGGUGACAUCAGAAAAUUACUUAUACAACGAGGGUUUGUUGGUUUGUCUUUUUAUAGAAAAAAGCAUGGCUUUGCCUUAUAUGGCAGGCACAGCCCUUUUAUAGGGCACCUCGUGGGACCUUUGAAAAGCUGACCUAUGCGAAUUGUGCUGCCGGAUUUGCUGGAUCUGUUCAGGGGUGUGGGGAACAUGUGGUUGCCUUUGGCUCCUCUUUGUGGGCACAGAACACAAAAAUAAGGGUAGGACAUGGGAGCAGCCAAGAUUUUUGUUAGGGGGGCAGGGUUUUUUUGGGGGGGAAAGAACCUCAGUUUCCUAUGUACUUUAAUGGAAUUUUAUUGAUGGGGGGCAGCUGCCCCCCCCUUGGCUAAGUCCAUGGAGUAGGACGUAGUCAUAGUUCAGGAUUACUGGUCAUUUCUGUAGCUGUCCUUUCUGAACUUAAUAGGCAGUAUGACUUGCCCAAGACUGUGUGGGGAUUUGAACCCAGUACACGCUUUGCUGCACAAAAUAAAAGUGUAGCGGGCAAUACGAUUUCUUCCCUGAUCAUAGAACUGGAAGGGACCACAAGGGUCAUCUAGUCCAACCCCCUGCCACGCAGGAAUCUUUUGCCUAAUGUGGGGCAUGAAUCCACAGUCCUGAGAUUAAGAGUCUUAUGCUCUACUGACUGUGCUAUCCUUCCCUAGAGAAGACAUACACUCCCUCUUUCACCUCAUCAUUUACAUGCCCACUCCCCAAACUCAGGGAGUGUUGUGAUUUCCACCCCCAGGCUUUCUUUAAAUAGUUGGCUGAUAGGGAGAAAUUCAACAGGCUCCUGGUAUAGAGAGGCAGUGAAAGAGAAAGCUGCACCUAUUGAAUUAGCAUGACAUUGUGUUGGGGGGUAACCAUCAAACUGAAGAGGGGGAAACUGUCAAGUGGAGGCUGGAUGAGCUUAUUCCACUGUGCUAGGCUCACCUGUUUUAUGAAACACCUGUGCUCCGCGUUUGAGUCAUUGCGGACUCUGAGCUGGUGUUUUAUAACAGGCUCUUAACAAAUGAAGAAUGAUGUGAGGGCCUCAGCAAUUCUAUAAAGAGAUGAAGGUCUGAAUCAGUGAAGCCUGUAUGAUCCAGCUGCUCUUGAAUCCCACAAGCUCUAGGUCACCUCAACUUUACCAACCUCAAAGGCAGUCCUCCUAGAUUCCUCUCUAGGCUUAUUCAGGAGGGAACAUGUUGAAGGGUGCAAAUAACUCUCUGGAUAAUAUAGAUUAAAGCUGUAAGUCUAUGCAUGCUUACCUGGGAGUAAGCCCCAUUGAACACAAUGUGACUUGCUUCUGAGUAAACCUGCUUAGGAUCUCACUGUUAAAUCCUUUAAUUUAGCACUUGGUUUUGGAGCUUGUGUGUGUGUGUGUUUAUAUAACACAGCACAAAGAUUUCCGUUUCUGUGACAGUAAUCAGCGGUUAGCAUAAAAGCUAGCCCUCACUUUGGGUCAUGAAUUUCUUGUCAGGACUUGCCUGUAAACAGCAUGUUAUGUUAUUUAUGUUUUGUAAAUUCAGCAAAAUAUGCAUGACUAGCAGUAGUCACAAGGAUUCAUUUAGGAAUUAGCUGGACAUUUAUUCAGUUUAUUAUGGAGAGAUUUAUAUUUCUUGUGUAGAAGUCCAACUAUAUUCCUGGUUUUACAACAAGAAACUGAUCUGAAAUUAACCUUUAAUUCCGCCAUGAGCUAUAGUACUGGAUUCACUUUUGUGUCUGUAACCAUUUAAACCACUCUCCCAAACUGCUUAAUGGCUUGUUUGUCACAAAAUACCUUUAUUUUUGUAUGGUAUUUGCAUAUAGAUAGACUGUGUGUGUGUGUGUGUGUGUGUGUGAGAGAGAGAGAGAGAGAGAGAGAGAGACUUUCCUGAAAAGGCUGGUCCAGAUCAGUGAUUUUUUUUUUAUUCAGUUGUAAAAUCCUCACCUUUUCUGCCAAACUUCUAGCAUGCAAAGCUGACUGCGUAGUCUCUUGGAGUCAGUUUGGGUUAUCACAUUUUUCUUCUGGAGACUCUGUGUCUUUGACAGCCAUGCAGCAGGCAGCUAUUCAAGAGGUGCAGCUCUCCCAACCACUGUCUUUGUGCUAGGCGGGUUUUUGCAUGUUCAAUUUCUGCCUGUUGUUUUGCUAGCAAUGGUUUAGAGACUUGGUCAGGAAAAUAAGGCAGCCCUAUGUAUUUAGUUAAUAUUGCCUGUUUGAUAGAACGUGCUCUUUCUUCAGCUCACCUCUUAAAGCAACAAUUUAAUGCAUUUCACAACAGACAAUAACUUCCUUAUGGAAACUCACCAAACUGGCAUUCUGUUGUUUUCAGAGCCACAUUUAUUGCUCUAUUCAUCUUCACUUCAUAAUUUCUUUCUAUUAUUGCUUUGGUUUGUGAAAGAAACAGCAUGCAAUAAAAUCCAGGGAAAUUGAAACCUUUUCAUUUUAGGCUAGUUUAAUGUUUCUUCUCUUCAAAAUUAUGAUUGCUAGGACUCCCACCUCAGUCAAAUAUUUUCCAGUAGACUAACUUAAAACAAACCUUUGGGAUCUUCUCUGCCUUUAGCAGCAAUCCUUUACACAAUUACCUGCGAGUAAGCUGCACCAAAUUUAAGUUGGUUAGAAAUCAGUUCCUACCAAUCCCAUGUUUUUGUGUAAUCCUAAACCUGAUUUCCGAAGUCUGAAAUGGAUUGUGAACAAUAUUAUUUUGAUUCAUUAAAUUUCCAUCUUUCUCUUCUUUGAAAAGGAGCCCAGGGUGGCAAAUAGCAAUGUAGUAAAACAAUAGAAUUUAAAAAAUGAAAUAAAACCUGUUUAAAACAUUAAGGACGAGAGCAUAUGCAAACAUCAGGAAGAGUUUUGCAUACAAUAGUUAAAGGGCAAGUACUGCUGCUGUUGCAGAAAUGAUUGGGUUUCAUGCAGGGGCAAUUCUUAAGCCGUACCUUUCCCUUUCAUCCUGCAAGGCUACAAGGUGGUUCAUUUGGCCAACAUGCACUUGUGUGCACACCCAUACAGCACAUCUGUGUGCAUGCAGACCACACAUGAAUGCACAUAAGCAGGUGCGCACACACACAUGCACUGAGCAGAGGUGGUACAAACAGGUAGACAAGUGAACACACAACAUUUACAGAUUCAGCUAGGCUCACUUGCCAAAGGCAGGGCACAAAGGCAGCCAGGCAGCAGUGUCUCUCACACAUCCCCUCAGCAGUGAGGGGCAUACACAGACAGACAAACACAUUAACACAGGCAGGCAGACCAGCCAAAUAAGGGGGGGUAUUUCUAGCUCUUUUCCUCCCCAUUAUACUGCUCUGGGAACUAGAGGUUUCCUUCCACAACACUGUGAUGGGGAGGAAAAGGGAGUCUAUUCAAAGAUCUCUUUCCUUUGCAAGGGAAUCUCUUCUUCUGGAGUUGGUGCCAUUGGAAGAAGGUCCUGGGGCUCAGGAAACAGGAAGAAGCAUUUUUGGUCCCUGUUUCCUUAAAACCACCUUGACAUGGCUGCCACACAAGAGGGAGAAGAAGUGCCUUAGCAAGUCAAGGCAGAGGCUGAUGGACCCUCCACAGCGGAAAUACCAUGGAACUACAAUAGGGAGCCCCUUCAAUAGAAUAGUUACAUUAAAAUAAAUAAGUAAUUAUAUCCAACUUUUUUUAAAAAAUGGAACGUUGUUUGUUUCCUCACCAAAUGUUUAGGAGUGAUGGAGAUGCAUUAGCUAUAUUUAUGUGGGAACACAGGGUAACUGGAGAGAAAUGGUAUUGGUGUGGGAUGUGCUCAAUGCAGCCCCCUUGUGUUCUUCAUAAUUCUCUUAGACACAGACUGUUUAAGCAAUUAAAUCUUGGUCCACAUUUUGAACAGUGCAUCAGCCGCCUAUCCAGCAACCCAUCUUCAACCAUAUCAAAUGAUUUAAGACCCUCAGCUCUUUAUUUACUCACACAAGAAGAAGACCUGGAUACAAAACAGAACAGUUGAACAUCAGGUGUAGAUGUUGGGUGGGAGACAGGUGAAGAAACAGCAAUUGGUUAAUAUGACAUGUGGCAAGACCCUAAACUCAGGCUGUUUUUUAUUUCAUAUUGCAACCUUCAUACAAGCAGAAGGUUGUGAUGUCCCACGUGUGACAAAACAGGUGAGCAAGCAGGUGAAAGAGUGCAGCUCCACUUACAAGUUAGAUCUAUAUUUAUAAUCUUCUCGCCUACAGUAGCAUUAGGAUAGGGAUGAGGUACCUGUGAUCUUCCAGCUGCAGGUGAUACUGGGCUCAUCAGCUUCAGCCAGCGUAGCUGAUGGCCAGGGACCAUGGGAGUUGUAGUCCAGCAACAUCUGGAGAGCAAGGUACCCCAUCCCUUCUUUAGGUGGCUGUCAUGAGCUGCCCCCUCUCUUAUAAUGCCCCUGUAGGAAGGCCUUGGCUUGAAGCUGUACUUUAGAAACAGGAUGCUCUAGCAAAGCGACAUAUGAGAAAUGGCAGAAUGUAGCCACUAGAAAUGGGAAGGAAUCUUAUCCUUCACCUCAAGCAGCAAAAUGUCUUGGAACUGUCACCCAAGUUGUACAACUGCUGCUUGUGCUUCCGAGUCCAUGCCUCUGGCAUGACUAGAGAGGAGGAGGAGUUGGUUUAUUUCCUGAAAAAAUCUGGUGUGUUUUCAAAGUAGGAUGUUGCUUUUCCAGUUCCUAUAGGCUUCAUAUUAUCAGUGAGAAGAACGCUCUCAAUAAGCCUGGGGGACUAGGACAAAUCAACUGCUGCUUGUGCCUCCGAGUCUCUUGCCACUAAGCAAUACCAUCCACAUAAGAUACCAAGCCACCUCAGAUUGUUCUAACACAAUCCAGACUUCACUGUGUCACAGGCAGAAAGCAAGAACUGAAGGUACACGCAGUACAGAUAACAAGUCGAGCUUGACUAUAAACUCACUUCAAAUCACCUCUCUCUUAUGCUCAUGUUGUCAGCAUUCUGUCGAGCAUUUAGAAGUCACCAACCCAUUUUACAGAUGGAUAGUGCAGAGAUAGAGAUGACUUCCCCAGCACAGCGGGUGAAUCUAUGGUGGAAUACUCGAGCACAACAAACACUAGAUCUUGCUGAGCCUGGCUAUGGCAUAACUUUUUAGUAGAGCAUGUUGUGGAUCAGGUAUGUAGGGCUAUGUAAGAAUAGCCUAUAAACUGUUAAUGGGCCUGAAGAAGUCUGGCAGUAAUCUGGCAAACUGACACAGUCCUAAAUUCUGUGCAUCCACUCUUGGCAUGUGGCUGGUCAUCACCAAGGCCCCAGACAGGAGACAGUGUGGCAAUCUUAAGUAAAAGAGUUGGAUUCUGCAAAGCAUGGUACUGCUUGCAGAAGUAAGGUGCAGAGUUGUUUGGGUGGUGAUCCCAAUUAUACUUGACACAAAGCAAGAGUGGUGCUCAGAUUUAAUUGCUUAUUAUAUACUCUUAUUAUAUAAUGUGCCUUUUCCCCUGACGAGACUCAAGGCCGCUUGCAGAAUCUGUACCUUGCUACCAGGUUGCCUUUAGACUGCUUUUUCAGUCAACCAAGUCGGACAAAAUGAACAGUCUCUCCACUACUUCCUCUUCCAUCUUAUCACCUAGGUCAGGGGUCAGCAACCCACGGCUCCGGAGCCGCAUCUUUUACACCAUUGCCGCAGCUCCGGGGCGGAUGCUAGCGAGGGGAGGAGGCGCAUUGUGCGCCCCAACACUCCCCACUGUGGCGGGCGCUGUACUGGCUGUGACGUCGCAUGGGGGCGGUGCGUGCUUUAGUCACGCACCGUCCCGACGUCACCUUCCCGCCCGCCCGCCCGCUACAUUGUAAGGGGCAUGUACGCUAGUCACUGCAUUGAAAGGGGGCAUGUACGCUGGUCACUGUUUUGAAGGGGAGUGAAGAACAUACACACAAAAAGGUAACUUGUUAAUUUAACAUUUAUUUCUAUGAGGAGGAGUAAUUCUGAGGGGUCAAACACAGAAAUAAUAAAAAGUGACAAAAAAGUUAUUUUUAUAAUGACGAGUUUUGCGGCUCCCAGUUUUUUUCCCUUCGGAAACGGGUCCAAGUGGCUCUUUUUGUCUUAAAGGUUGCAGACCCCUGACCUAGGUUCAAAGACCCAACUGAAAGAAGACAUACUUGGGUGCUGUGAAGAUGCAACAAUGUACCCACCACCUUAGCCCAGUCCAUACAACCCCUUACAAUGUUGCUUGCCUAGGAAAUGGCAAAGGCACUUAAAUAUUUUGUGCAAGGCAAAGGCUAGGCGAAGGCCUUAAAGAUACCGGAAAGCCACAGGUUAGCCUUCCCUGCUAUUAUCCAAAAGGGAUUUAAGGCAAGGAUAAGGAUAUUAUUGUCUGCGGAGUCCAGGGCAAACUUUCUCUUGCUCCCACUAAAAAGUAUUUUAUGCAACAACAUGCCCUCAGGGAACCUGUAUUUGGCAUCUGAAGGGGGAACCUGUGAGCCAUGGAAGCUGGGAAAGUGCUGCAUUUGUUUGUUAUGCUUGGUUUUUUAUCAAUUCUUUAUAAGAACAGAAUGUACAGUCAUUGGAUAAUGCAGACAUAAGUGGUGAGCAUUAACAAAAUAACUAGGGCAUAUGCCACUAAAAGGUAUUUUGAUCGGUCAGAAGCUGUAGAUUGUUAAAAUAUUCACGAAUGAUAGACGUCUUGAAACACCAAGCAAAACAGUAUCGAGGCAAAGCUUACUGCAUUUUCCAAAUGACUCCCUCCUCCCUCCUUUUUUUUCAGCCUUGAAGACUGUGCCUGCCUCCUCCUCUAGUCAUUUUCACUUGUUCAGUGAACAAGGUCUAAAGGUCUGAACACAUUUCUGUGAGGAGGCGGGACUAGCUGACAUAACUAGUACCUGCUGUUAGUCUUAUCCUUCAUGAGUUCAUCUAAUCCCCUUUUAAAGGCACCCAAGAUGGCAGCCAUCACCAUGUCUACACAUAAUGUAUAUUUGCAGAGAUCCUGCCUCUUGUAGAAUUCCUGAUUUUGUUUGAGGAACUAUGCACUAUACAUUCAAAGUGGAAUCAUUCUGCUUUAAACCAUUGUCACUUCCCCAUAUGAAUGCUAGUUUAAGGGGGCCGAGAGUUGUUAGGCAAUCCCUCUUUGUCUCCUAGAGCUGCAAUUCCCUCAAUUAAGAUUGUUGAACCAUUCUUGAGAAUCGUAGCUCUGUGAGGAGAAUAGGGGUCUCCUAACCACACUCAGCACCCUUAACAAACUACACUUCCCAGAACUCUUUGGGGGAAGCCAUGGCUGUUUUAAAGUGCCAUGAUACUGCUUUAAAUGUUUAGUGCAGGUGGGAUUUAACUAUGCAUACAGCCUUCAGAUGCGUAAGGGAGAGGCCAGGAGCUGGGACAGUAGCUGUGAGCCUGAUUCCCCCUUUCUCCAUAUGUUCACUAAACACGUGAAGGGAACUUCUCUUCAACCUAUGACCACGAAUAGUGGCAGUUUGUACUCAGUUCCCUACUGUUUGCAUUUCUGGCUGGCCUAGGAUCGAUUGCUUCUUUUACAUGGAGUUUGGCAUGAGAAUGAGGUGUGGGCUCUCGGUCCCCAUCUCCAUGCAUCAUACAUUUGUAUGAGAGUAGGUGCUCUCCCAAAGGGACACGGGUGGCGCUGUGGGUUAAACCACAGAGCCUAGGGCUUGCCGAUCAGUAGGUCUGCAGUUCGAAUCCCCGUGACGGAGUGAGCUCCCCGUUGCUCGGUCCCUGCUUCUGCCAACCUAGCAGUUCGAAAGCAUGUCAAAGUGUAAGUAGAUAAAUAGGUACCGCUCCAGCGGGAAGGUAAACGGCGUUUCCGUGCGCUGCUCUGGUUUGCCAGAAGCAGCUUAGUCAUGCUGGCCACAUGACCCGGAAGCUGUACGCCGGCUCCCUCGGCCAAUAAAGCGAGAUGAGUGCCGCAACCCCAGAGUUGGUCACGACUGGACCUAAAUGGUCAGGGGUCCCUUUACCUUUACCUUAGGUGCUCUCCCGGAUCAUCUGUCCAUCACAUGCUUAUGAUGUACACAGCUUCUUUGUGUUACUAUUAUUUCUGCAUUUGCUGCAUAAUCAAAGCCUGUCACCCCAACUCUAAAAUAUACAUUGGGAGCCCAUGGCAACACUUGAUAAGAUCUGUGGGUUCUACAUUGGGGUAGUGUGAUAAGUUCUUAGAAGCACUGGCAGCUCAUGGCUUACUCUAAGGAUCUUUGUCAUCUUGCGAUUGUUGGGUUCCGCCAAAAAAGGGUUGAUCGUGAUGAAUUUCAACCUUCCAGCUCUAAAAGCAUUCCAGCGCACUUUGUUUAGCAACUGACUCUGGGAUGAUUUCAUUGCAGGUUUCCAGAUUUAAAGUUAGACACGAGGGUCAGAGUUUAGCUAAUUUAUGUAAGGGGAGAAUGUGACCCGCAGCUCACGGCAAGCAGGCUCCCUGUGCUCCGUGGUUCUCAUUCUUUCAACAUCUCUGCAAUGGAAACUGUUGUUGUGUAAUCACUUUUCUGCAGCACUGAUAGAUGAAUCACUGCUGCAGUACUGAUAGGUGAAUCACUAGAGCAAAGGCAGCCCUGUGGUGUUUUUUCUUUUUUUAAUUGUGGAAAUGUACUGGCUGGGGACGGAGGGGUGGGUGGGCUGUUGACAGUCCAAGAACCAUGUAGGCUACCAGUUUUAAUUCCUCCCCUCUGAGGUAAAAUAAGUACAGCUGCAUCACUCUAAUUCAAAAGCCAGUAGGUCCUGUCAUUAAACAAACUGAAUUGAGUGACCGUGUCGGAUUCUGCUGAACUGCACAAGAGCAUGCUUUUCAAAUGAGGAUUUUUGGGCAUGAAUCUGCACAAAGAGAAGAUUAUCUGAGAUACAGUUCAGAUGUUUUAUUCUAAAUAAGGCUUAAAUGUGGAAUCUUAGUGUUGGAAGAGACCCAAGGGUAAUCUAGUCCAACCCACUGCAAUGCAGGAAUCUCAGCUAAAGCAUCCGUAAUGAUGGAGGGCAAGUAAGGUGCUGCUAUAAACUGAGGGAUGUAGACUAUAUGAGCUUUCUCCCAACCUUGGUAGAAUGUUAUUUCUAUAUCAUUCUCUUUUUUUGGAAAUCAUUUUUUAUUUGAUUUUACAAAUGUAAAUUAAUUGCAAUACCAAAUACAUAUCCAUAAAAUGAGAUUUCUCUGAAUCUCGAGACUCCCCCCCCCAUCCCCUUCAUGGGUUCUAUUGUCAGCCUUUCCAACUGCAUAUUAUUUCAUAGCCUAUGCCUUGCAUCUAUCCAUAUUGUCCAUAGUAUUUGUUACAUUACAAGUGGGAUUAAAAUCCUGCUAAUGUUUUCAUCUGCUUACAGUGGUCUCCUAAAUAAAUUACAAACUCUUCCAAUUCUUUCUUGAAUUUCUUGUCUGCUUGUUCUCUGAGUUUGCCAUUUCAGCAGAGUCUAACAGCUUAGUUUGCCAUUCCUCUCUGGUAGGGAAUUUCUAUUGCAUUAUCCAUACACAUAGCACCUCUUUAAAACUUGUGGAUUUUGUUUUCUCUCUCUAAAUAAAAGCUGAUUUCCAUCCCGCACCUCUGGUGUAGAUUUGUUUUUUAUUUAUUUACCUUAAGGCAUUUGUAGCCAGCUUUUCCCUCCAAGGAGAUCAAAGCAGCAUCAGUAGCAGAUGGGCAUGGUGGGGCAAAGGUGCUUAUCUGACCUCCUGGCAGGUGAGUCAGUGCUGCUUACCAGGGUUUUGGGGAAGGCAGUGCAAACGCAGCAGCAGGAGACUGGAGUGCUGUAUAGGCUCUGCUGGUGCAUUUGCCCCACACUGACCUUAUAGUGCCUGUGCCUCACCUCUUCCUGUAAGCAACAAUGACUCAUCUGCCAGGAGGUCAGGGAAGCCACUCUGCCCCACCACGCCAUUUGCUACUGAAAGCAAAACAUUGAAACCUGGGAGCAAAAAAAUAAAAUAAUAUGAGUAAAAAGGUAAAGGGACCCCUGACCAUUAGGUCCAGUAGCAACCAUAUUAAAUAGAGACCUCAAACAACACAGAGUGUUGCAUCUGUGAGUAUAACCACAGAAAGAAUCCUGCAUUGUAGAAGGAUGGACUAGAUGAUUCUCAGAAAUUGGGGGUGUAUAUUCCUGUCUUGUAUUCGUAGUCCUAUGCAUAUGUACUCAUAAAUAAGUCCCGUUGAGUUCAACGAGGCUUUCCCCACAUAAGUGUGUACCAAAUUGCAGCCUUAAUCUGUGAUGGGAAUUAUUUUGGGCUGUGUCACACAGAACCUUUAUCUCCAGUUCCUCAUUUCCAACUUGCCCUUCUACUGCAAAUUCAGAUCUGGAAAACGUGUGUGUGUGUGUGUGUGUGUACUGGAAGGUAACAUCACUUAUAGAUUUUAUAGAUAGCUGGAUUGUAUAUGUGGUGAAUGGGUUUUGGAGAUGAUGGGAUUUGUGACUAGGUUAGGAGCAAACUGAAGUCACCUAACAAUCCCAUCAUUUCAACCCUUUUGAUGUCUGCUUGUACAGUGGUUUCUGAUCCCCAAACCUUGCCCAGAUGAACCAUAACGCACUGGAAGAUAACACAGUCUAGCUAGUAUUUAUUAUUAUUAUUAUUACUACUACUGUUUAUUAAUUAAAUUUCUGUACCACCCUUUAUCCAAGAACUGCAGGGUAGUUUACAAUAUAAAUACACAAAAAAUACAUACCGUAGUAACAAACAAAAGCAACACACACAGUUUAAAAAGUUUAUGUCACCUUUCAUUAACUUGGGAGCAGGGUGGAUAAAAAUCAAUGCUUAUUUUUUUAAAAUAAAAAAAAUCAGAUUUUUAAAAAUUUAAAUCAGAUUUCUUAAAAUUUAAAUUGGAUUUUUAAAAUAAAAUGCUUUUGGAGGAAAAAUAUUCCUAAAGAUAGUUUUCUAUUUAAGUUACAUUAUAGUCCAAAGGCUAUUCAUCAGGAAAUAAGGAUUUGUUUUAAGUUUUUCAUAUGUGCUAAAACUCAUUCUAAGUUUUCUUUUAAAAAAAUUGUUUAACCACAUCAGUUAACAAACAUGGAUACAGUUGCUAUAAUGUUAUUCUUUCUUUUAGUUAAAUAAAUGGCUUAAAUUGUUAUUAAGGAAAUGAUUAUUUUUCUCCUUCCAAUAAAGUACAGCAGAAAAGUUGUUCAAAUAUAAACAGUUAAUUUAUUAAACCUCACAAUAAUUUCAUAAUUAUCUGUCUAUGCAUUUCUAAUCGUAUAACCAAAUCAGUAAUUUUUGAUAUCACUGUAAAAACUACUCUGAAAAUUUACUAUUCCAAAAAUGAAACCUUCAUCUGGUUGUAAAUAUUAAGCUUAUGCCAGCAAGAACUAGUCUUUCUGUAAAAAAAAAAAGAAUUAAAUCAAGUCUUACUCAGUAGUGAUUUAAAUCGUGAUUUAAGUCAAUUUGAUUUAAAUCAAAUCCACCCUGCUUGGGAGUGCAAGAAUUUGUGGAGCAGGUGGCUCCCCAGAUAUUUCUGGACUAUAGCUCCCAUUGGCAAGGGCUGAUGGCAGUUGGGAGUCCAAACGGAUCCCAGGUCCCCAACUUCUGGCACAAGGAUUUACCUUGACUACUGCUUUGCUAGCAACAGUUCUGAAGUGUCCUGCUUUUGCCUGUAGCUCCUGAUGAUCUUAUGCUGAGAUUUAAAUCAAAUCCACCCUGCUUGGGAGUGCAAGAAUUUGUGGAGCAGGUGAAUAACCUGUGGCUCCCCAGAUAUUUCUGGACUAUAGCUCCCAUUGGCAAGGGCUGAUGGCAGUUGGGAGUCCAGACGGAUCCCAGGUCCCCAACUUCUGGCACAAGGAUUUACCUUGACUACUGCUUUGCUAGCAACAGUUCUGAAGUGUCCUGCUUUUGCCUGUAGCUCCUGAUGAUCUUAUGCUGAGACUCUGCCGAUCGGAGGUGUAUGUGGCUUUGCAGCAAUACCCAGAUGCCCUGGAGGAUUUGGAGGUGCUGUGCAGGCAAAAGCCAGAAGAGAGUGAGGUGAGUUGAAUGUGCAGUUUGAUGUUUUUGUCCCGGACAAGCAUCUGUAUUUGCCCACAGGCAAUCCAUGAAUGUGAUGGAACUGUGUUCUGUAAUAGGCUGAGUGUGCAGUGAGAUACUGUAGCCCUGCAAUCAGGUGAAAAGGGAGCAGUUAAUUAAUGGGCAACUCUUUGCCAAGUUGCCAGGCUCAAUGAUGUUGAAUCUACUAAGCUUAUUAGAAUGCUUCAAAUGAUCCUCCUCCUCCUCCUCUCUCCCUUCCUCCCUGGCUACCGAAAGCCAAAAAAGAUGAAUUCCUUACUACUUCUGGAAUAUUCACAAACUCUGGUGAGGUUUUGGAAGGAAGGCAUUCUGUACUUGAGGGACAGCCGCCAAAAUUGCCUCCCAGUGCACUGUUACUGUCAAAAUUUGGUAGACAGACAGUAAACUUAAGAAAGUGUUACCAGAAUAUUUUAUGGUGCUUGAAUUAUUGGGUGCCAGAGAAGAGGAGCGGCAUUUCAGUCUAUAACAAACAACAACAACCACCACCCAAACACAAAACCCCUCUUGAGCAUCUAAGCUCCAUGAAAUGGCAUCCUUAAAAGAUCCGUUGUACUGUUUGAUGUUUGUAUAUGUAAAUUUGCUUUGACAACGUCUCUGGUUAUUUCUCUUUCCCCGGAAGUAUACAUGGUCAUAUGUUAGAUGGCUGAAAACCUCAUCAAUUGGAGCACUGAUUUUUGAGAAUGGUAUUUGACUAUCGUUCUAUAAAGUAUUAUUACUAUUAGUAUACACCCCAUCUAUAGCUCUCAGGGUGGUACACAACAUAAAAUACAUGAUAGAAACAAGAACAUAUACAGUCGUACCUUGGAAGUUGAAUGGAAUCUGUUCUGGAAAUCCGUUCGACUUCUAAAAUGUUCGGAAACCAAAGCGCAGCUUCUGAUUGGCUGCAGAAGCCCCAUCGGACAUUCUGUUUCCAAAAAUAGUUCGAAAACCAGAACAGUCACUUCGGGUUUAUGGCGUUUGGGAGCCAAAACUUUCAAGAACUAGGCUUUUCGAAAACCAAGGUACGACUGUGAAUGCAAACCAAUAACUGCCCCCUCUCCUGCAGAAUAGGCUUGUGCCAGAGUAGGUAGCAGACAUGCAUCCCAUGAUGAUGGAGAGCUUCUCUUGUGUCUUUUGUAAGGAAACGUUUGGAUCCAUGAUUGUGACAUGGCAUCUGUGUAAUUGCUGUAAGGUACCUCUGUACCUUCAUGGAUCACUGCCUUGCCGUGGCGAAGGGGCUUGAAUAACUCAGAGAAGCUACGAGCUAUGCCGUGCAGGGCCACCCAAGAUGGACAGGUCAUAGUGGAGAGUUUUGACCAAACGUGAUCCACCUGGAGCAGGAAGCGGCAAGCCACUCCAGUAUCCCUGCCAAGAAAACUCCAUGGACAAAGACAACAGGCAUAUAAAACAACAACAACAACAACAACCUCUGUACUCUGUAUAUGCUACAGAUUUUCCCCUUUGCAGCCCAACUUGAACUGAAGCUACAGCGAAUAAUUUGGAGCACGCAGUGUGCAAUGCUAAUUCUUUCUUUGAAUCACCUGAUAUCAUGUGACUUCAUGCGAUCUGACAGAUGGGUGGAGCUGUUUGUUUGUCAAAGUAGCCCACAGGGGAUGAGGAAGUUUUGGAUCUGGCCCAUUAGCCAGAUCCUGCUUCCCCAUCUUUGUGCUAAACCCAAUGUAUCAAGAAGGGUUAGAUAGAUCGUCCAGGAAAUUCUUAUUGUCUUCAAAUUGCCCGGAGAAAACAGAUAGCACAGGUCUAUCAUCGGAGAGCAGAAACAAAUGUGUUCACUUGCUGCACUGUGAAUCUAACUUCUGAAUUGCCAGCAGAUCGCCUGUAGCCAUGGUACAGCUGUUCAUUGGUAAUCCUAAACGUAGACAUUCCUGGCGGCUUUGUUGGGUAGAUCUUCUUCGGAAACACACUAACCAAAUCUGUCAAUGAAGCAUUAGGUUUCAAGGAUAGAAUGUAAACACUCCAUUAUGCUAAUUGGUUCAUCUGUCAAUCCUCGUUAAACUCGGUGUGCCUAGACAACUCUAUUGGGUUAAAAGAAAAACAGCACCCCACCCCAAGAACUUGUCUGGCUUCCUGUCAUACACAAUCUUCAUUCAUUCAGUCAGUCAGUUUCAUAGCUUGUCUGCCAGCAAAUUAAUAAGGCAGAAGCUAUGAAGAGGCUGGAAUUCCUGCAGCGAGCACAAGUUGUGGUGGUGAGCUGAACUGAUGAAGCUGACCAGGUAAAGGUGUUCUGUUUCUUUAAUUGAAACAAUACACAGAUCAGAAGCAUCAGGACUACUUUCAGAGAGAGAAGCAAUGAUUAGCGUGAAAUGGCAUUAGAGUAAAAUAAUUCAUCCGUUGGUUGGGGGUAGGUGAGAUUUUCCAUGGUCUCGGAAUGGGUGACAAGGCUUGUAAAAGUUGAUAAGAAUUAAAAUGGUCUGGAAGUACAAUUGCCUUUUCCCAUAUGAGUCUGCCCUGCUGGCUUCAGAAAACCAACCAUAGGUACCAUGGCUGACCACACAGCCUUUUCAGUGGUGGCAUCCUGUCAUUGAACUAUCCUUCCUAGAUAGAUUUAUGUGGCACCAAUACUACCAUUAUUUAGGCAUGAGCCUGAGAGAUCUAGCGUUACGUUUACAAACUGCGCUUUUUAAAAUCACUAAGACUUUAAAUAGCUUUACACUCCUGCUGUUCUAUUGGGUCUCCUGACUCCUGUUUUGUUUAUUUUGUUCGCUGUUCAUCUCUGUUUUAUUUGUCUACCACAUUAAUUCCAGCAUUUCAUUUGACUAUCCGUUGAUUUGGAGACAUUUCUAGGAAUAGUGACUCACAAACACUUAAAACAAAUUUAUAAUAUGCAGAAUAUGUAUACGUUUGGACUAAGCAAAAAUCUAAGUCCAAACAGGACAAGGAAAUGCAUUGCUUCAAUAAGAUUAUUUGGCUUUUGCUUUGAGGAGGUGGGGGUGUACAGCAGCCACAAGAUUAGGUUCAGACUAAAAUUUUAUCUUUGAUUCAGGCUGCACCGAUCUGAAGACCGCCUAAUUCAACUUGGGGCCUUGAGCCUACUUUGUUUUCCCCAAUCACUAUUGGGAAAUAAUAAUAACAAAGCUACAAAUUUUGUUCCAUUUUGACAGAAGUGGAUGAAGUUUGCAAGCAUAAUAGCCACUCUUUAGUGGAUAAAUCCUACCAAAUUACAGCCAAAUAAGUCCAGCAAUCUUCAUGCCGGAUGUUAUACUCCAAAGGGCUAAAAGUAGUUUUGUGAUUGACAGCUUGUUCAACUAUUGCUGCUUUGGGAGGAAGGGCGGCAUAGAAAUAUAAUAAAUGAAGAAACAAAUAAAUUCCAGGUUUCCCUUACUGUAUUCAACAGGCUUCAACAGCAUCACAAGUAUGAUUUUUGUACUGAUGUAUCUUGGUUAGCAUGUGAAUCAUAAAUAAUUCCCAGUCACUGUUAGGAACAUAUCAUACUGUCUUAUUUUAGACCAUUGUUCCAUCACAUGCAGUGCUGUCUGCACUGUCUGACAGAAGGUCUCCAGUUCCCAGGCCUGACUUGGAGAUGCUGGGGAUUGGACUGGUGCCUUCUGAAUUAUGCCAAAAGCAGCACACUAAGAGAAGAAUAUGGAGGUUCAGGAAGUCUGAAGGCUUUAAAUUAAAAUUCUAUGUUGUCUGCUUCUUUGCAGGUCUUCUUUAGGAAGGGAAAGGUCCUCCUGGAAAUGGGGAAGCAAUCUGAGGCCCUGCUGCAGUUCCAACAUUGCCUCACGCUGAAUCCCAAUUUUCAUGCUGCUCAAUACGAAACAGAAAAGGUAUUUGUUUAUUUUAAAUAAUUUUAUGUUCCUUUAAGGUAAAACUUUCUCAAUGUGGCUUGUAAAACAUAAAAUGUGUGUGUGUAAUACACACACACACAUAUAUGUAUAUUACAGUUUACCUAGACAACACUGUUAAAAUGCACAAUGGCCAUUUGAAUUAGUUUCAGCUUAAAUUUUGGGUAUAAAGAAUUGUUAGCGUUGCCAUGUCUGACACUUUAUUGCCUCCCAGCAAAAUAACACGAGAUUCUUCAUCUGUUUGAUCACGCAGCAUUGCAGCCUCAUGUUUGUGCCUACACAGACUGCUCAAAAACAAAAGAUGGAGUAUUCAUUUUGAUUGGCUGCAAAACCAAAGCUAAACUGGCGCUUCCAUGUUUACACUGCAAACUUCCCUCCCUUUGAUGGCUUGAGCAUGAAAUAAUGCUACAGGACCUUUUAAUAUAAUCACAGCUUUGAACGGAAAUAUUUCAAUAACGGCAGGCUCAAAUGAACCAGACGUUAGUAUUGCUAGGUGUUAAGAGUGUACAGUAAUCUAGGCAACAGGUGCUGUGAGCAUCUGUCAUACUGUUUAAAACAGUUUAGCUCGUGCCAUUAUUAUGGGUUAGGAGUAAAACACUCUGGUGAGGUAGUGUGACUGUUUGCAUUUCAGAACAGUACACCAUUUAUGCUGACAGGGGACUUUAGUUCCUGGAGUGGAAAUCCUCCAAUAAUUUGAUUUCAGGUGGGUUCUUUAACUAUAGUACUACAGUCAAAUAUAUUAGUUAAUGCAUUGUGAUAUAAGUAUAAGCUUCUGCCUUUGCAUCUAGUCUCAUUGCAUGCAUAUUUUUUAAGGCAUGUUGUUAUUGAUCUUUUGGAGCUACAGGAAAGAGUUUUUCUGUCCAGUGAAAGGGAAAGACUAAAAGAAAAACGGUAAACAAACUGGCUUGAAGUCUUGUUUUAGUUGUGGCAUCAAAGACUAUUUUAAUUUGCAUUUAGCUAGCUUAGCCAUUUUUGACUUAAGAAACUCUUAGUAAGAGAGAUAAUGGUAUUUAAAAGCAAGUUCUACCUUGAAGUUUCUUUUCCUUUCAGAAAUAUAGUAACCUGUUUUCUUCUUCUUGCCAGAUUCUCGCGAAUGAUGCCUCCCCUCUUCCAGGCACUGUUAUGGAGCUGAAGAGUGAUGCCAGUCAGAAUUUGAAAGGGUCUAAUUCACGGAAAGAGCUAACUGCCCUUGUGUCUUUUGAAGGAGAACCCCUGCAGGUAAGCAACAUGGAGUGGCAGUACCAAUUACAAGGCUAGCAGCAGCAUGAAAGGGAGGUAUGCAUUUGAAUAUCACUUUGGAUGGGUGUGCACAUCAUAUAGACCACCUAACCAGCAUACAUACUGUGUUUUAGUAAUUUGCUCUUGGAAAUGUUAUUCCUGUGUUCUAAAUCUGCCUCUUGAAUGAGAUUCUACCUUUUUGGAGAACUGAGGGUCUUAAUAAUAGUGGAAAGAAGUAGGCAACUGUUGUUGCAGACAACAACUUUAGAUUUCAAUAAAGCAAAACGUUAGUCAAGAAAUGUGGGGUUUGCAUGUAUGUGCUUUGCAGACUACAACUGUCUUUUCGUGUCUUUCUUCACCUGUAGUCUUUUUGCUUGGUCUGCUCUGGAAAGGAGGUGUUUAAGAGGAUGCUUUUCUUUAUGAAAUAGGAUUUGAAGGGAAGAAAGGAAGUUUGGCUGGGAGAAGAUGCUUCUGAUCACAGCCAAGCGGCACUUUCCAUACCAGAAUGGUUGAGGAAGAAGUCCAAUUCAGGUUUUCCAGCAGAGAAGGAAAGGGGUAAGGAUAUAUAAAAAAACAAUGUUUAGAAGUCAGUAUUACCUGGGGAAAACAAAAGGUGGCUACUUAAAUCUUCAUGGGAGUAUGGUAUCUUAACCACUAUUCUCUAAACUGCACUAGUCAAUUUUUAUAGCUUAUAUUAGGGUGCAAGGUCUUAAUGGAGGAGCAGAGGUCCUGUCUACACAACGUAUGGCAGUGUUUGGAUUGUUAACCCUAGCCUUGCCUGGGGCUCACACACUCCCACUGGUUUGCUUGAAAAAGAGCCAGAUUGCAGCAACUACUGGGUUCAGGGGUGGCUGGUGUGGUGAUGCUAUGGAGCUGGCCAGGCAGCGAUGGUGCUACUUGGAGCAGGGCAGGAUGGCAGUGAGCUGAGGGUAAUUGUGCACAUCGGUGGGAAGGCCAGACUGGCUCUGCCCUUGCCACCCUGCCCUUUUUGCCACUGUGCCCUGCCCCACCACGGCAGGGGUCAGUGAUGCUGCUUCCAGGAGGCUGUCUCCAUAGUCCACAGUGCUCCUCUUGACUGGGUCUGAUGACACAGCAUCCUAUUUGGUGUUGUUGCAGGGAAGGGGGCAUCAAGUUAACUCAGGCUUCCUCAACCUCGGCCCUACAGAUGUUUUGAGACUACAAUUCCCAUCAUCCCUGAUCACUGGUCCUGCUAGCUGGGGAUCAUGGGAGUUGUAGGCCAAAAAUAUCUGGAGGGCCAAUGUUGAGGAAGCCUGAGUUAAGUGUUGCAAUUAUGAGAUGUCAGACACUACGCAGGGCAAGUUUGCAAAAUGCUGUCAGGUGGCAGAUUGCCUCUGCAAAUCCCAAAAGGCCAUUUCACACAUUAUACCGAGGCAUUCAUUCAUUCCUUUUAUUUGUAGGCAGCUUUUCCACACACAAAAAAUCACGCUCAAAGUAGGUUGUAACAAAUAAAUAGGAAUGCAUUUGAAACAAACAAUCCAAAACCAAUUUCGUAACGACAUAAUAAAACAAUAUCAAAUAUAACACACCAAAAACUACAUUCCAAUACCAUAAAUAUAACAACAUGCAGCUUCACAGUUUCAGCUUAGUCCUAGAAACACUCCUUCCAUGAUUUUACUCACAGUCCCUCUCCUGCAGAAGCUUCUUAUAAGUCUUCAAAGGCAAAUGGUGGAGUAGCUGGAAAAACCGCUCCCAUGAUGUUACUAGGUUUGCCACUAAGUUACUAGGUUUGCUACUAACUCCCAUGAUGUUACUAGGUUUGCCACAAAGUUCACAUUCAGCAGGGAUUCACUUUAACCCUCAGGUUUCUACCUAAAAAUGUAUGGUGUGAAGGCACCAUUUAUUGAUGCAGUUUCCCUUGUCGCUCAGGUGUAGCUUGAGACCACUGGUCUGUGGAGGUACAAAGGCAUGGGUUGUUCCAGUAUGACUGUGAUCAUCAUGUGCAAAGCAAAGUUGAUGAAGCUGCCCUGUGGACUUGAGGUGGGGUAAUGUGUGGCAUUCAACAUUUCUCUCUUGCUUUUUCUUUCAUUAACAAAGAUUUUGAAGAAGGGGCAUCGGCAACAGGAGCCAAGUCAACCCAGGAGCAUAAACCAGACUUUGCAGAUCUCUUGAGUACAUCAGACUUGGAAUGUUCUCUUUGCAUACGGUCAGUUUCUAGAGUUGCUGGAUAAAGGAUCACCUGUGCACUUUGACGUGAAAACUUUGUGAUCAGUCAUCUGCUUCACAUUCUAUUUUUUUUUUUAAAUCAUAUUUAUUAAAGUUUCCAAAAAUACAAAGAAGAAAAGAAAAAGAAAAAAAGAUAUUUAAAAACCUUACUUUCAUUACCUACUUUCUGGGACUCCCCCCCUCCCCCCCCCAACUGUAUUCCCCUUUCCUUAAUUUAGUUCUACAAGCUCUCACUCCCAAUUUAAAGCUUAAUUUGUUUAACCCACUAACCAAAUUGAAUUGUACAAAUCUUACCACCGUCCCACAUCAUUAACAAAAGAAGAAAAAAAAGAUUUUCCCCAAGAUCCACCCCAGUUCCUUCCACGAAUUCCCUUUUUUUAAACACGUCCAAUCAAAAUAAAAUGACAUGCGUAAGUUAUGUAAAAAAAAAUAAAAAAUAAAAGAUAUGGAAAAAUUCAAAAAAUGGUUACACAGCCUUUGGAUUUCAAAUCUGCCCCCCUUCCCGGUUUGAAUUCCCCAUAUCCAUCAGUCUAUGCAUUAUCAGCUUGGAAGUCUCAAUUCAUGACCAAAUUUCUCCCCGAUUCCAUCUUGCCGGUUUUCUUUUAAUUUAUUAAUAAUAUGUAACUUCAAAUGUCCAAUCUAACAAAGGCCUUUAAUUUCCUUGAUCUUUACCACUCCUCCCGUUGUUCUUUCCGUGUCGUAAUCAGUCCUUUGUUCUUCUUUUCCUCACUUUCUCAGGUUUCUUGUCCUGUUCAGCUGCUAAAACUUUCUAAUUCAGAAAUCUGGUAUCUCUGCAGAGGUUUGUUAUUCAGGAACAAAAACUUACGUCCAGUCCCUUCCUUUCUUCAAUAGAAAAUUCUAUUAUCUCCUUUAAUGUAAAUACCUCUGUAGACAAAAUACUAUUUCAGUUUUGCAGCUUUCCCAGAAGAUAACAAGUCCUGUGCAAAUCCCGGAGUAUUUUUCCACUUACGACCGUUCUUGUAAUAUCCCGAAACCCCUCUAGGGGGAUUGUAAUAACUUUGUAUCCUUUAAUCCAAAAGUCAAAUUGUUGCUUAUUUUCCAACAGUUUAUAUCCAUAUUGUAGCAAAUUGUAGCAAAAUUGACCGGCAAAGUCCUCAUAACAAAAUCCUCUUUAUAUUCUCCAACUUUGACAGCCACUUUGACAGCUGUCAAAGUCUCCGUCUCUCUUCACCAGGCUCCACGAAUCGCCCCGGUUCCCGGGGGGGGGGGUUGCAUUUUUCUUCUCACCCUCCACUCUUCUCCUCCAGCACAGUUCUUAUAAUUUCCCAUCGUGAAAUUAAUGGUUUUUAUCAAAAAUAUACUUCCCUUUGGACCUUGGUUACCCAGUCCUUGUUUUGGAAUGCUUACAGUAGGGGGGGGGAUUGACUUCCUUUUUAAAUCGCCCCCGCUCGUGCCAAAUCCGAAAUUUUGAACCCGGUUUCCCAAUUACUCACGGGUUGUUGUUAAUAGUCCAAAUUUUCAAUGGAAGAAGUCAGCGCUCUCCGUCGAAUGGCAUGCGGCUGCGCUCGGCAGGGAAAGCAAAGGACUCAAAGCACCACGCCGCUCCCCGGCACCCGAUCCGAAGCCUUUAAAAAGGCUCCUUCACGAGUCGGGAGGGCGCUAAUGGUGCAAGCCGAGUCACCCAUGUCCACGGACUCCGUGCCCGUGGUUUUUAAGGGUCCCCGCGUCGCCGGCGCGGUAGGACCCAGCCCCUGCCAAGCAGACUCCCUCCGGAGCUCGGAGGGAGUCCGCCAUUCGGCGAUGGCGCCAACCCGGAAGUCCAUCUGCUUCACAUUCUAGCCAAAGCUUGAAAGGCGGAGAGUGGAAUGCAAUAUAUAUAAUGGGAGGUGUGAAAAUGACUUUAUAAUAGCAUUUGAGAAUUCAGCGCUUUUCGUCAUCACGGAUGAAAGUGUUGAUAGUCAUUUAUUUAACAAUUUAUUAAAAUACUUACCAUGGCCUCCGUAUACAUAAGGCAAUGCUCAAAUAGAUUUUAUUCAGAGUAGACCCAUUAAAUGGACCUAACUUUAGCAUGUUCAUUAAUCUCAGGGGGUCUGCUAUGAGUAAAACCUAGUUGAAUUAUCACCCAUGAUUUUGAGUCGGGAUACAUACUUCAUAUAAAACAACACAGACACAAAAAUAAUAUAAAAUUAGCAACCCUUAUUUAUUUAUUUCUAGAUUUAUAUCUUGUUUUCUCUCAGUAGAUAGUGUUUUAGACUGUAAACUGCCCUGUGAUCAUUAGAUGAAGGGCGAUAUAGAAAUUUAAUAAUAAAAAUACAGAGAAACUGAGCAAAGCUGAUCCCCUGCAUCUCUGCCUACUUUUGCUGAGUUGUAUGGAAGUAUGAGGUUGGGCUCUGUGCUGGAGCUUUGUGAGAUUGUGAGAUUUGGGUUCAUUUGGAUGUCCAAUUAAACACACACCUUGUCUGCCUUUUUUUAUGAACCUUUUCCAGCCUUUCCUUUUCUCGUUCAUCAAGGAAAUGACAGGGAGAAACCGAUGUGAAUGAUGCCCCAGUGCUGAUCUCUUUCUCUCUCAGGAUUUAAAAGCUUAAUUCUCCCAAGCCUUGCCAAAAGGCUCAUGGCCUGGGGGAUUUAUGCCUGUAAUUAGGCAAUAUCCUUAUUAGCAACUUUGUCACCCAGGCUUAUCCACCUAAACUUUAGUUAAGGGAAAUGAGAUGACCACAUGCCAAUGCAGUCGAGGUGAGGCUUGGUGAUGCUUCCUUCAAAAUGGAAGAAGGACCAAUGGGAAAUGCCACAUGCUGUCGAUGAAAAAUCAGUGGCUCCUUGUGAUGGCCUACAGUGCCUAUUUCUCCUUGUUUUGUAGCAAAGCAAUUUCUUCUCAUGAAUGAGGGUGAUGUUGUGCCUUAUGAACUUCUGAAAAAUUGACAUUGAAAACAUGGUUGGCUUAUACCAGGCCAUGGACAGACAGACAGCAAGCCUUUCUCAGUUAGCUACCCCAUGCCACCUUGGAACAUUCUUGGAUUGCCAUCUUACCACAUAAAUGAGGAGGUGCAUGAUCUGUUGGGUGCACCAGUGGCUGGAACAGUCUGUGUCACAGUUAAAGUGUGUGAUAUUUAUUUUAUUUUUACUUACAGUGGUACCUCGGGUUAAGAACUUAAUUCAUUCUGGAGGUCCGUUCUUAACCUGAAACUGUUUUUAACCUGAGGUACCACUUUAGCAGGUGGCACUGUGGGUUAAACCACAGAGCCUAGGACUUGCCGAUCAGAAGGUCGGUGGUUCGAAUUCCCGCGAUGGGGUGUGCUCCCGUUGCUCAGUUCCUGCUCCUGCCCACCUAGCAGUUCGAAAGCAUGUCAAAGUGCAAGUAGAUAAAUAGGUACCGCUCCAGCGGGAAGGUAAACGGCGUUUCCGUGCGCUGCUCUGGUUCACCAGAAGUGGCUUAGUCAUGCUGGCCACAUGACCCGGAAGCUGUACGCCAGCUCCCUCGGCCAGUAACAUGAGAUGAGCGCCGCAACACCAGAGUCAGUCACGACCGGACCUAAUGGUCAGGGGUCCCUUUACCUUUACCUUUACCACUUUAGCUAAUGGGGCCUCCCUCUGCUGCUGCAGGAUUUCUGUUCUCAUCCUGAAGCAAAGUUCUUAACCCAAGGUACUAUUUCUGGAUUAGCGGAGUCUGUAACCUGAAGUGUCUGUAACCUGAAGCGUCUGUAACCCGAGGUAGCACUGUAUUCAUUAAAUUAGUAGACCGCCCUUUCAUCUGCAGAUCUCAAGGCAGUUCACAACAUAAAAAUACAAUAGGAAAACACCAAAUACCAUAUCUGCCUGAAUAUAAGCUGCGCUUUAUUCCCAAAUGAAUUGCUUGAUGUUAUCAGGCAAAAAGAAAAAGCAAGUUUUAUAUAAAUGCUUGGGAUUUUCAGCAAACAGCGGAUUUGUGCACAUACACACACAACGUGCAAACAUGACUCUUGGAAGACAGUGAAGCAUAACACACAGUACUCCUUUCCCCAUAACAAUGUAAUGAUCUGUACUAGAGAUUUUUCAUUGUUAAGAAAUAAGUCCCUGUAUAUCAGUCAUCAAAAAUUAGCAAUGUGGCUUCAACUACCAAACUUUCUGCAAAUGGACAUAUUUUUUGGUACAUUAAAAAAACAAAACACAACUUAGCCUUGUCUGUGAUGCUGCUUGGGAAUUCUCUUGCCACCUGAAUUUUUCACGUUCCCUUUCUUCCCCUGGUUUUUCUGCAGAAUGUUCUUUGAGCCUGUGACCACACCUUGUGGCCAUACUUUCUGCAAAGAAUGCUUGGAGCGUUGCCUAGAUCAUAGACCCAACUGUCCACUUUGCAAACAGAGCCUCAGAGAGGUAAGAGAAAUCUUGCAGGAUGUGUGCAUAAUGGAGGAAAAGGAAGGUCUGGAUUUGUGUUUAAUUUAACCUGAAUUAGAGCUUUUCUUUGUAGAUUCUAUCACUGUGAGUAGGUGAUGGCAUUUAUUCAAUUCCAUUGUUGACCUGGAUAAUUGUUAGAAAAAGCAGCAUGUUACUUAAGUGAAAUUAUGACAGGUGCAGUGCUAUGGUAGAAAUCACUGCACCUGCUUUCUUGCUAGGAUCAUCAGACCAAAAGGUACUUGGCUCUUCUCCAAGUGCUAAAUCAAUGUGGGUUUGUUGAAUAUUGCCAGGUAUGACUUGCAUAGAUAAUUGUUGAUUAAAUGGAAACAUUAUAUUUGCAUUAGAUGUGGAAAUGAUUAAAUAAUGCUUUCAGCCUCCAAUUAAGAGGGUCCUCUGAGCCACAGGUUUAUUGCUGAGCAGAUGACAUUAUUGAAAUGGGAAAUCACAUAACACAUCCCAUAAUGGAGAAGGGUCAAUAGCAGACACAAGCAAACUGGCCUCCUGUGAACAGGUAGCAAAGUAAUGGAAUAGGAAAGCUAAUCUACAGACACGAGGCAAAUACAGUCCGUCCCCCCACCUUGGAAACAUCAGCUUAAGUUAUUAUAUGAAUGCUAUAGAUAUGGUUUCUGUGGGCCAUAUCCUGCGUAGGUAGAGGUCCCUCCCCCCAUGCAACAGGAUUCACAUGAAGAAAAGAAGCGGUUGACAUGAUGAGUGAACAAUAGCUGUAAUUUCCUGCUUAAAGGAAGCAAUUAAGGAAGACAUUGUCAUAUUACUUCAGAAGUAGGCUGCCUUAUACUGGUGAGACCAUUUGCCUACCUUGAUCAUAGAAGAGUAGAGUUGGAAGGGACCCCCAUUAUCAUCUAGUCCAACCCCCUGCAAUGCAGAACUAUUCCGCUAUCUCAUACAGGUAUUGAACCUGCAACCUUGGCAUUAUUAGCACAACGCUCUAACCAACUGAGCUAUCCAGGACCAGUAUUGUCUACAGUGACUGGCAGUGGUUCUCUAGGUUGUCAGGCAGUAGUCUCUCCUACCUGGAGAUUCUGGGGAUUGCAGAUGCUUUGGCCCUGAGCUACAGCCUUGCCCUGAUUUAAUUCCACAGAGUAAAUGCUCCCACACCUCGGUUUCCAUAUUCUCUCCUUCUUCUACCUGAGUUUUGUGCUUUCUAGACUUACACAUAGACAGGAGCGGCUCACCCUGUGGGCUGGAACCACAGCACUAGCCUCUUGGCAGCAGCGCCACUGCUGUUUACUAGGAGGGGUGGGUUGAUAUCCAUGUCAGAUUUGCUCUGCUGCUGUAGUCAUGCAGCCCUGACCUUUCCACCACUUUGCCCCUCCCAGUAAGUGGCAGUGCCAGGAGGUUUUUCUUUUUUUUUAAAAAAAAUGAUAUUUAUUACUUUUUUAACAUUUCCAACACAAACAAAAAAAGAAAAAACGAAAAAACAAUGCAAAUACAAUACAAAAACGCUACAGAAACUAAAAAAAACAAAUAAAAACAAGCAAAAACAAUUUAAAAUCACCUCAAACAUUUUCAAUAUCUUAUAUUUCAUUCACUUAUUUCCAGCGACCUCCUCCCACCUCCCUUUUUGUAUUCCACUUCUAUUAUUUGUUUCAGCAAAUCCUUUCCAUCUUACUCUGUUUUCUGUUCUAUAAUUAUCUUAACACAUUCUUACCAUACUUUUCCUUUAAUUUUCUAUUAAUCUAUUUAUACCUGAUUCCUUAUGACAUUUCUACUAAAGCCAUAUAAUUUCAUUCCAACAUUUUUCUGACAUUCCUUAGUUUUACAAUAUCUCUAUAAAUGGUCUUUAUAGUGAUAUACAGUGCCAGGAGGUUAUUGCUGCAACUCUGCCUCACUUGGGUGAGGCUCUCCUGAUAGUAGAUACUGGUUUGUUCAUCAUGAAAACAAGAAGAAAGAAGGCUGUGAUGUGUGUUGACUCUAAGUUUUGUUUUUUUUAAUUCUAGGUAGCACAACAUAGACUCUUAUAAUAAGAGGGAACUGAUCUCAAAUAGCGGCAAUAUCAAACAUGAAAAAGGCACAUGCCUUUCUCCUUCAAAUUUUUUAUGUUUUUCUGUUUAAUCUUUUACUGAAAUCUUAAUAAAAAUCAUUAAAAAAACAAAACAAAUUGUGUUUGGAAGCCCUGUAGAUCUUUGUUUGAAAACAUGCUAACCUGGAAUUCGGUUUCUGGUGUUGGGAUGUAUCUGAUUUGUGGUCUUGGCUGUCAAAACUAGAUAAUUACAUUCUGUUAAAAAAAAGAAAAGAAAAACCAUUCUAUUGUCUAGAAAAAUGCACAAGGACCUAUACCUCUCAAAAAAGAAGCCUUCCCCAACCUUGUUUCACCCAUCAUCCCCAGCCAGUAUGGCCAAUGGUCAGGGAUGAUGGUAGUUCCUGUCCAUGGACAUCUAGGGACCCAAGGUUGGGAAAGGCUACUUGAAAUGGUGAAUCCUUAAUACAUGCCAUAAUGAUUUUUCUUCCUCAUAAAAUGAAAGUGAUGCCUUUGGGAAUCAGAUGUGGGGAGAGUGGGAUUAAAGCCAGGUCCUCUUCCUGGGCUUGCCAUAGGCAUCUGGUUAGCCCCUGUGAGAGCUGGAUGCUGGACUAAAUGGGCCUUUGCCGUGAUCCAGCAGGACUUUUCUUACGAUGUUAUGGUUUCUUCCAGUACCUGAGAGCUGGAAAAUACAACACCACUCUUCUGCUGGAGGAGCUCAUGAUGGCUGUCUUCCCUUUACAACUUGCAGACAGGAAACGCGUCCACCAGGCUGAAAUGGCAGAACUUUCAAAGUAAACAGAGACUUUUGCUUUCUGUUUUGUAGUGUCAGGGCUCAGGUCAGGCGUAGGUGAGCAAUAAAACGACAGAUCUCCAGAAGUCAGUAAAGUUAAGUCUUCAUUCAAAGUGAAACAGAAGCACUCUGGCCUAGUACUCCCAGCCACCCUUCUCUGCAGGUCUUUCCCAAUUGAGGCAGGGAUGAGGACUGAAGGACCCCACUUUCCCAGUGUCCACUAAUGCUCCUCUCUCCCAGGGUCUUUCCUAAGCAGUCUCAUACUUCACCUGCACACAACUGAUUUCUGCUCAGCCUGCUUCAUUUCCCCGCAAGUCCUAGGAGAUCAAGGGGAGUUGUGUGGAGCUGGAGUCUCCUGGGCUUCUUCAGUGUCCUGUCUCUCUGCCUCCUGGCCCCACACCUCUCCAGCCCGUUCUUCUGUAUCAGAGUCUGAACUGUCUUCUGCUGCUGGAUAGGCCCAUUUAGCAGGAGGAGGAUAUGGGAGAGCAGUGGCUCCAUGGCUGUAGCAGUGCUUGGGGCCUCAAGCAGUGUUGGGCUCUGGCAGCAAUGCUUCAUGAGGGCCUAGUGUCUCAGGAAUCAGAUAAGAUAGGUAGCAGUUCCAGUGGGCCCUGCCAGGGCAACUAGACCCCAGAAAAUGUGAAAGGUGUGAAAAGGACAUGGAAGUGAAGAGUAAGGGAGAGGAUCAGUCUUCCCCAUUCCUUUGGCAAUGACUGCCUUUCACAGCUGCCUAGAUUCAUUUUGUGUGAGAGAGCUUGUGCCGCAUCUCUAAGUGGUAUAACUUUACAUGUGGAACAUACACCAAUUUGGCACUCUCCAGAUGUUUUGGACUACAACUCCCAUCAUUCCUGAUGGGAAUUGUUGCCUGAAACAUCUGGAGAGCUCCAAUUUAGCGAAUUAUUCACAUGUGCACACGCACAAGUAGAAUUUAUUUUAGCCACACUGAGAGCAUGUAAUUAUGCUUCUUUCUACUUCCUUCUGCAGCUUGACUAAGAAUAUCCCAAUCUUUGUGUGCACAAUGUCCUUUCCAGGCAUUGUGUGUCCCCUUCAUGUGUUUGAGCCUCGCUACCGCCUCAUGAUGCGAAGGUGUCAGGAAACUGGCACAAAGAUGUUUGGCAUGUGUAUGUAUGAGAAUGGGAAGAGGUAAGUGGCAGAGAGAUCCUGGCAGAGUGGCGCUGAUCUCUCUAAUCCCUUUCUUCCUCUAUUGAACUUUAGUUGAGAUUCCUGUAUUGCAAGGAGUUGGACUAGAUGACCCUUAAGGUCCCUUCCAACUCUACAAUUCUACAAUUCUUUUAUUCUAUGAAACCAUCUCAAUAUUGGUUUCCUUCUCUUCAGUUUUGCUGAUUAUGGCUGCAUGCUGGAGAUUCAGAAGAUAGCAUUUCUACCUGACGGACGCUCUUUAGUGGAUACCAUAGGCAGACGGAGGUUCCAUGUUUUGAGACGUGGGCAUAGAGAUGGCUACCACACUGCAGAUAUUGAGUAUCUGGAUGAUGAGAAGGUGAGUAAGGUGUCCCAUGUAGCUUAUGGCUACAGUAAUCAUAACACGGAAUAGGACAGAGGCAAUAAAGUGGCGUCUCCUCCAUUGGCCGUAUAACUUAUGUGCCAGCUUUGGUGAUGGGGUGUAUGUGGAGGCAUUCAUCUUACUGAGUUACUAAAUCAUUGCAAUGACAGGUGCACUUUGUUGAUUGAAAGUUCUGUGCAGGAGAAAUGCAAAACUAGUAGGUUCCAAUUAAGGAACUUGAGCUGAUGUGUUAAUCUGCCUUUCAACUGAUUAAUCAAAUUAAAAUUUCAGACACACAAACGUGCCCUUUUAGGAUACUGAUGGAUGUGGGAGAGCCAAUUUAUUGUUAGAAGGAAAGGCCACCAUUCAGUGCGGAUAAUAGGAGACAUCUUUGAAAACCAAAAUAACCUCAAAAAGGAGAGAAGAAAGCAUGGCAUUAACUCGCAGCUUAACCAGCUAAAAUUUGCCCACUGCCAAUUAGUUACCUAAAGCUUUAGUUGACAUCCCUUUAAAUCAAGGCCUUGUUGUUCGUACAGAGCUUUUCUCCCUCUUUCCGCCCUUCUUAUCCUUCCCCUUCCCCUUCUCCAUCACCUCCACUUCUUUUGUUCUUCCAUCUGCUGCUCUCUCUGCAAAGGUGGAAGGAGAAGAACUGGCUGAGCUUCAAAUUCUUCAUGACUGCACAUACCAGCUAACUCAGAGAUUUUAUGAACAUGGAGACACCACCUUCAGACAGCUUUUGAUGCACCAUGGACCUCUUCCUGAGAAAGAGGAAGAUAUACAGGUAUUGGCGCUUUCUCUCUCCAGGCUCCUAGAAAUGGGAGCUGUCCAGAUUCAAAAGCACAAUGUACUAGUGAAACAGAGGGAAGGGUCAGAAUAGGAGAAAAGUACCUAAUGAUACAGACACUCUCACAUCCCAUUCUGUUUCUCUUUUUGCUGAAAAAUCAUGGGAGAUCCAGUCUUGUUAGAUCUGGAUGCUUCAACAAUGUGCAGAGUGACUUGCACUGGCAUGCAUCCUAUUUCCUGCAAGCCCACCCUAAGAGCCUAAUAGAGCAUAUACAUUGUAGGUUUGCACUGGCCUAGCUGCCUUCCCAAUGGGCAAAAUGCUCACAGGAUUCUACAUACAAGAUGCGUGGACCAUUUAUUAGAUAACAUAAUAAGGUGAGGAACCAGUAGAUGCAUGGCACUCGUGGAUAAAAGCAGCAUUGACUUGCAUUACUACAAGGCUAGUUUUAAAAGCAUUGAAAAAAAUUACCGCAGUUCAUGGAGUUGUGUUGGUUUUGGCCCCUCAUCUCAAACUCCCCUUUAGUGAAGUGACAGUUCGUUGACUCAGCCUAACGGGGAUACUAAUAGCCCAGGCCAUUGUUAAUGUUAUGCUUUUCACACUGUUGAACUGGCUGUGCCUAUGGCGAUGCAAAUGGCCUGCUGCCAAGUUUAGCAACAGCCUUGUUUUGAAAGAGCUCAGGAACAGUGCGAUCAUUUGCAUCCUGUGAUUAAUCUGUUCCAUCUUCUUGCUGGCUUGCCGAGAUGCAGGAAGUUAAGAAAUAGCCUUACUGAGAUCAGUGGACUGUCUCAAAGACCAGUAGCCAAUCUCUACAGGCACCUGCCAAUCUUGGCUAAAUUGUGUGGGGAAAGAACGCAAUAAUAGUGAAGGAAUGAGGCGAAGAUAAGACUUGAUCCAGCGUGAUCAAGUGUUGAAUUUCUGUUUGUAUACCAAAUAAGACUUGGCUAUAUAUUAAAGCACCAAACAGCUCCUCCAGUUCCUUUACAUCAGCCUUUCCCACUGUGGUCCUCCAGGUGUUGUUGAACCACAACUUCCAUCAGUCCCAGCUUUACAUCAUAAGAUUUUCAGAGCAGCCUGCCACUAUGGAUAAAUUGAUGCUUUGCUCUAUGUACCUUAACUGUGGGAAUGGAAAAUUUGGUCCAUUUGUUAACUUGCUACCCAAGGCCACUAAAGUACCAUAACAUUUGACCCCAACCUUGAACUUUAGACCACAAUAUGUAAUCUUCAGGCAUAUUUGAUCAGCCAAGAACAAUUUUACAGAAAACUAAGCUCUUGCAUUGGUCUUUCAAGGGACAUGGGAUGAAUCAAAAUAUUUGUUUUCUUUCCCAAAUUUAUUUCUAGAGCAUAUGUUUAAAAUAUGUGCACACUGCUAAAUAGAUAAAUGGGUCUAUUUACAAGCUUUUCUUAUGGCUUCCCAAGAGACAUUGCCUAAAUUUAUUGCCUGGGAACUAAGCAGGUUUUUUAAAUUACAAAAAAGGAAUAGGAAAAAGGAACUAUUAUGGUAUUUUCUUUUUUGAGCAUGUGGUUCAUUGUUUUGUUACUAGUUUUUUUUUAGUAUGUCAAGUAAAUUGGGUGCUAAGCAGUUUAAGAUUGUUCACUGUUUAAGUUCAUGCAAAGUUUUAAAAAGUAAACUUUUUAAAUGCAAUACAUCCAUUAAAUAUGAACUUUUAAUGCAUAUUUCCCAUGAAAGUAAACUUUAAUUCUUUUGAUGGGAAAUGCAGAUUGCAGUAUUGGUUGUGUGAUUUCCUAGAGAAAGGGUACUUAAUAUUUGGUCAAUGGACAGUCGUUGGAGGGCUUCUGUUUCCAUAUCCAUGGAACCAAUACACUCUCAUCCCUAUUCAUGCAUUUUCCACAAGAUGCUUCAUCUUGGGCUGUGCAGCAGAGGCAAGAAGAGAAGUCUGUAGAAGGAUUUACUACCUGAUGUAUUUUUAAAAAUCCUGGAAGUGAAGGACUUUCCCAAUCAGUCCUGCAGCUAUUUUCUAAUUCAUGGUGGUAAUGGGUGGGCUUCUUUGCACUGCUAGUUCUUCUUAUUAAAUGAGUGCACAAUCUAUGUACCUGUGUACACAAAUAGGUGAGCUGUACCAAUCAACUUGCAUAUUUUUUCAUACAAACACUUGUACAUAUGUAGAGACAGUUUGUUCCUUCAUUCAGUAUAGCAUGUGAAGAAGCCUGUUAAUUUGGGUAGAUUCUUUUGUCAAAUUCUACUCAGUUGGUUGGUUAAUUAAUUAAAGUACAGGAAUUAUUAUCUUGUUGAACAGCACAAAACCUGCAUAUCUUUAUUCUGAAGCAAUAUGGAAGUAGGAAUUACAGCUCUGAAAGAAGGAACUCUUUCCUAUUCUCAGGAGUUCUCAGCCCUUAUCCUGAUCUUAAGUGGGGAAGGGGCACAUUUGGUUUGGUUCCUGUUGUUAUUUUUGGUUUGGUUCCUGACGUUAUGUUCCCCCUUACUGUUCUUAUUUAGAUAAUUUCUAGGCAACCUUUCAAUAUAGUACUCCCAGAGCAGCAUACAACCUGUGAGAUGCUUACAUUGAAAAGGCGUAAGAACGAAACAAAGAUAAAAAGCACAGAAACAACAGCUGUAUGUUUCUGAAGAGUAAUAUCAUAAAAUUAAUUGAAGGAUUCUAUUUAUUUAAGAAAUUUAUGUCAGAAGCUCAUGGGGUGGGCUUACAGCUUAGUAACAUAAUAAACAAGACAAGAUGCAUACAUCAGCCAUCACUGUUGCAGGUGGGGAAUGCAGACUAAUUAGCCAAAGAAGGAACAAUCCCUUUAUGCUACUUGGUGUUGCCAGAUUUGUUGCCCUCAGUUACUGCAACAGAACAGGCCAUAACUGAUUCCUCCAUGAAGUGAUAUGGAACCCCUAGCACAAUGAGUUAAUGUAUUUUCCCUUGUUUUCUCACAAGGCAUCUCCAGAUGGACCACUUUGGUGUUGGUGGCUUAUCUCCAUCUUGCCCCUUGACUUGACCCGCAAAUUGACGAUCUUUUCUGAGACCUCCCUGAAGGCUCGUCUCACUCAGCUGAAGCAUAUUCUGAAUGUCAUUCUGGAAAGUCGUGACUACAACAGCUAAUUCUCAAGCCUCAUUCCCAAGAGAAGUUGUGUGCGUAUGCAUAUAUAUAUAUACAUAUAUGCAGAAACAAAGUGGGUUUUUGCUGUAUUCACCUACCAGUUUUCUUUCUGGGGUUGGGGUAAAGCCUUAACCUGUUCUUCUAUUUCUUUAUUUCUUCUGUGUGUUUCAGUUACUUCUUUUCAUUGUAGAACUGACCAGCAAUAGGCCAUGAACCAGAUAACUGAAACUGUUGUGCAAUAGUAGCAAGAUUCAAUAGCAAAGAUGUACCGUCCACAGGAAAUAUCCCUUGAAAGACUUUCAGUUGGCCUUGUUGGGUCUAAAAGAAUGCAGUGAUCUAGAUGUGAAAUCUGUCAAAGAAACCUGACUACCAUUGUGCUAAGUGAAGAAACUUCUGAGCAACUACAUCCCUUGAAAGCAAAAACCAAAACCCCACCAUGAAUGCUAGGACUUCCUGGGCUUUGUCCUCUUAUGUCAUUUAAUGAUGCUUGUGUACAAUUAUUCAAAGCUCUACAAAAUGUAUAUUGUGUAUAUUGUGCCAUUUCUUCAACUUCAACUUAAGCAAUCUGCUUGAAGUUACAGAGUAGGAUAGAGAAAGACAGGAUCAAUACAGGUAUCUGUAUUUUCUUUUCUUCGGUUGUUACCUCAGAAGGGAGCGACUUUCCUCAAGGCCACAAUGCAGGAGCAAAGAGUUAAAGCCUCUCCCUUGCACCUCAGCCUCAAUUCAAAUUGCACCCCUUGACCCUGCUAGCUGCAUUUUAACUAAAGAAAAAUUCUGUGGGAGAAUACACCACAGGAGUCAUGUGUGGCUUGGCCCUUAAGACAUUGUGAAGAGAAGAAAACUGUGGAGAACAAGGGCAUAGCCAGGGAUAGAGAAAUUGUGGACCUCCCAAUGUUGUUGGACUGGAACUCCCAUUAACUGUAGCUAGUGUGGCCAAUGGUCAGGGAAUAUUAGCAACAAUAGCCAAAGAUUUCCCACCCCUGCUGUAGUCAUGUGAUAACCCCCCCCAACUACUUCUACAUAAUGUGGAAGUAACACUCCAAAGCGGUAUAAUUAGGGAAAGGCUGUUCAUGAAUAAAACAAUGUAACUUCUAAAAGAUGACUGCAGAGAGAUUUGAAGAAGAAAAUUUAAAUUCUGGAAAUCACUUCUACGGAAUGGAGCAAAGAGCUAAAACAGUUGCUGUGGUCUAACAUGUAUUGGCCAAGAAUCACCCUACAUUUGAGAGCAUCAACCAACAAGGCUAAGGCUUCAGCUCUGUUGCACUGCCUAGUUAUUGUGUGCCUGGCUAGGCAAUUACGUGAAAUACAAAAACACAUUGAAAUGCCAGCUGAUUAUGAGUUUUUGUAACCAAGGCACUACUUCAUCUGAUACUGUAGGAGAUGGUCACAUAAAUGUAUCCAGUAUAGGAAUCUGCUUUGCAAGCUAUGAGUGGUCAUGCAUUUUGUUGGUCUUUUAAGGUGCUACAGACCUCUUACCUACAUAGAAGAUGGGAAUGUUGUGGUGCUGAUAAUAUCAAGGUUGCAGGCUGGACAUCUGUUUGGGACAGCUGCAUAUUCCUUCAUUGCAGGGGGUUAGACUAGAUGAUUCUCAUGGUCCCUUCGAAUGCUACCAUUCUAUGAUUAACAAUUAUUAGGCCAAAUCAGUGCUUUUCUUCUAGAAAAAAAGGUGCUGAUGGUGCGUACCCUUCAGUACCCUCAGAUAAAAAGCACUUGACAGAAUGACCUCAACUGCCACCCAACUGAAGGACAUAGAUGUGAGGAAUGAGCAACAAAGCUUGAUUACAACUGUCCUGUUAUUAACGUCUUCAGAUUUCUAGCUCUGUUGCUUUUUGGUUGACCUUAAAUUUUCCCCCCAUGACACUGAAUAAUAGUGUUGCAGGUCCUCUUAUUUAGAAAGAAGAAUUAAGACUUUAUUGUAGGCAGGUGAACCUUCUGUUCAGAAAACCAAAUUAUUUUGACAGAUUGUCCAAUAAUUGCCACAUUACAAUUAGCAAAGCACAUGUUCACCAUCUCCUGGGCAACCACAAUCCUUCCUACUAGGUUCAUCUGCCUAACCACCUGGUAAUAGGAUAGGAAUGGUUCAAAGAGAAAGGAGAGAACUUGUUGAAAAUCACCCAAGCAAAUCAGUAUUAUGACAACAUGUCUGGAAAUGGUUGCUGUCUUGAGUCAAGUUGAGGACACUGUUAUGCGAGUAAAAAGGGUGGUGUAAGUCAAAUUUUAUUUUAUUAGCUCGUUUCCUUUCUGCCAGGCUUAUCCUGGCUCAACGGGCAGUAGCCCUGCUCCUAAAUGGAAUUUGGAACGGGGCUAUAGUUCCACUAGCUUCCUAAACUUAGGAUUGCUCUGCUUAUCAGAUAACGUAGGGAGUGCCAAGCUACCAAAAUGCCUAUGGGUGUGAGUUUUGGGCCAUGUCUAGCGUUUCUCCAUAUUUGUAACCUCUGCUUUCUCACAGGAUGCAAGUGUCUUACAGUCUGAAAGCUUCUGAAUCUGGAAUCUGCACUGUGUUUGGAAGGUUUAGUAUACAGACUUGAAAGGUCAUCAUGUUAGUUCCUAGAAAGCACAGGUCCGAGCAGUUCUCUGCUUAUCCUGGACUUUGUAUGAACGAGUCAAAGUGGUUUUGCCUUUGCCUGGCUGCUUUCCCCUGGAAAACCUGCUCUUUAGUACUAAAUUGGAGCAAAUGGCAAUCCACAGAAAACCCAAUUGCUGCUUGUUCCAAUCCAUUGCUAAUCUGUAGGUUUUCCCAGGGGAAAGGAGCAGGGUAAACAUAAGUGUGAAUGAGUCCUCUGUUCUUAAAAACACAAGGAGAAGAAAACCAGUACUUUAAGUUACCAUUGUAAUUAUUUAUUUUUCAUUGCCUGCUUAAACUUCGCUGCAAAUGUUGUUUUCUUUAAUGGAUUGCAAAGGAACAGAGAACAUCAACAUCGUCUAGUGUCCUGAAUUUUUCUGUGGUGGGUGGCUAGGCUGGUUCUUUUUUUCAUCUUGAAUUUCAUUCUGUAUUUAUUUGGAAGCAUCUGGAGAGAUAUUAUUUACAUUAUAAGCCAUGCAGCAUUUUGACAUGGUUCUCCAGCCAAUCACAGUAUCUGUCCCAUUAGCUAAAAGUCCUAAGUCAGGAUAAGUGAUAUUUAUUUAUAGAGUAUAAUUGAGAUUCCGCAGCCUCGCUGCCUGUUUUGUCAUGCUGGCAUCAGCUGUUUAUUUCUUUCAAAUGUCUUGUUCUAAAGCAUUUGAGUCGAGCCCAUUCUUCUGUACAAUGUGCCUCAUUAAGGGGAAUAAUAAGCUUCUGCAACCAAAGAUGUUAAAUGAUGCUUAAAAGGGAUGGGGCAAAGUUGGGUUCUUGAAAUCAGUACUAGUUUCUUUUCAACAUGUAAAAAUAAAAUAAAAUCCUCUGGUUCAUUUCGAGUAUCUAGGAAGUUUGUAUGAUAGACACUUUAACGCUGACUUCCCAGAGGCAUUUUCAUACACGGAGGUGUCAGUGUAACAGCUUGGUAGCCUCAACCUUCAGUCUUUUUGUACAUGGCAAGCCAGUCUGUGUGGGGAACUGCUGUCCGUCCUGCACCAUGUGGAGCAGUCUCUUGUUCAAAGCUGGCUGCUUGGCCUUUGCAGUCCAACCUUGUGUCUCCACAAGGAGGGUAAAAAAGGGAGCCAAUUAGCAUUGGAGUCUUAUGGAUGCUAGGCCUGUUCACGUGGCCUUGGAAUUAUGGGUAAGGAGAAGUGAGGCUAUCCCAGCAAUGGAGUGGGAAUAGGGUGAAUGCCUCUUUUGUAUAUAUAUCCCUGUUAUGGAAGGGAUUUGCUGCUGCUGCUUGCUUCACAUGCUAUAGGAAAUGGAAAUAUGAAGGGAGUGUUUAAAACCACUGACAAACGCACAAGUUUUUUCUUAACUGGAAAGUGCCUUUUUUCAGGGUGGAGCUACUUCAGAGCCAGGCCAGGUUGAAGGAAGAGAGGGUGGCAGCAGUUGUUUUACUGACCCUCUGGCAGUUAGGAUUUCUCAAACUGCAUAGUCAACCAGCAGAUAUACUCAUCCUGCUUGUGUGUGUUUGUUUUAACCCCACAUGGACUUCCUUGUUUCCCUCUUUUCCCCCAAAUCUGUAAAUGUGGGUGUGGAUCGUAUUUAAAAUGUGUUUGUGUGCUCUCUCUUCAUUGCAAAAUUAUUACUUAGAGAAACUGAGGCUGUGGUCCUAUAUACAGUUACCCAGGAGUAAGUCUCAUUUAAUUCAGUGAGACUCACUGCUGGGAAAGUGCGUUUCAGAUUCCACUGUUAGUGAGCUGUUUAUUUUACCUGGUAGGAAAUGUGUUAGGGAAUUAUUCCACUCCGAAUUCAUUUGAAUUUGUAUCUUUUUAUUCCCUGCUGGUCUAAUUAUUAUUAUUAUUUUCUUAUCAAACUAAUAAACUUUUGUGUUUUUGAGCACAG